AUGAAUGGUAGAACCAAGGCUGAUGUGAUCAUUGAUGAACCAUACUGUAAAUAUGGAGAUGAACCAUACACCCUGCAGUAUGGUGGAUGUGGAGAGAAGGGAUGGUACAUUCACUUCACACCAAACUUUCUACUGAACAGCAGUCUGGUUUCAGUUUAUGGACCGAAAGGUCAAGUAUUUGUUCAUGAAUGGGCUCAUCUUCAGUGGGGAGUUUUCGAUGAAUAUAAUGAACGGGUGCCUUUCUAUUUAUUGAAUAGAAAAAGUGAAGCCACGAGAUGUCCAAAAGAGAUUAGAGGACAGCUUGCUGAUUGCACAGGCAGAUCCUGUCCAGUGUGUGACACAGAUGCCAAGUCAGGACUGCCAAAAGGGGAUUGUGAAUUUUAUCCCGACAGCAAACAGACUGCAUCCUCGUCUGUUAUGUUCAUACAGGCACUGUCACAUGUGACUGAAUUCUGUGACGAUAAGACUCACAAUCCUGACACACCGAACAUGCAAAACAAAAUGUGCAACUUCAGGAGCACUUGGGACAUAAUCAGAGAGUCGGAGGAUUUCAGAAACAAUCCCUCACCCUACAGUGGUUCAGUGAUACCGACCUUUACACUGCUACAGGCCAAACACCGUGUGCUGUGCUUAGUCCUUGAUGUUUCUGGGAGCAUGGACAUGGAGAAUUGUAUUAACAGACUCCGACAAGCAGCCGAGAUAUUCUUACUUCAGAUCAUUGAAGAAAUCACUUUUAACAAUACUGCAACUAUUCAAUCACAUUUGAAAGUGAUUGAUAAUGAAGGUGUGAGGAAUCAACUUGUCCAAUUGCUACCUACAACAGCUAAUGGAGGGAAAAAUAUCUGCGCAGGAGUCCAGACUGGUUUUCAGGUACUUGGUGGUGAUGACGGUGCUACAAAUGGUGAUGAAAUCGUUUUGCUGACUGAUGGGGAGGACAGCGGGAUAAGCAGUUGUUUCUCGGAGGUGGAACAAAGUGGUGCAGUUAUCCACACGAUAGCAUUAGGACCGAAUGCAGCCACAGAGCUGGAACAGAUGUCAACACUGACAGGGGGUCGACAGUUUGCAGCCACUGAUAAAGUGGAUGCAACUGGAUUAAGCGAUGCCUUCUCUUCAAUAGUAUCAGGAAAUGGUGACAUUAGUGAACAGUCAAUUCAGCUUGAAAGUUUUGGAACAAAGGUUGAAGAUGAUACUUGGUUAAAUGGAACAGUUGUCAUCGAUAAGACCAUUGGGAACGACACAUUUUUUGUUAUUUCAUGGCGGAAGCAGACACCAGAAAUGUUUGUAUAUGACCCCAGUGGAAAUGUGUACAACAACAGUGACUUUAAGAUUGAUAGUACAACACGUACGGCCCGUCUGAACAUUCCUGGCACUGCACUGACAGGUACUUGGAAUUAUGCCAUCCUGAAUCCUGGCAUUGAACAGGUUGUAAGUAUUGUAAUGACAUCCCGAGCAGCAGAUGAAAAAGUUCCCUCGGUCACGGUCGAUGUGCACAUCAGUGAAAAGGAUUUGGUUGGUGUUAGGCCAAUUUACGCAGAAGUCAGUCAGAGAUUCUCACCCGUCCUGUUUGCAAACGUGACGGUUAUUAUCGAACUACCAACUGGCCCAACAAUUGAACAGGAACUUUCUGAAGAUGGCCUGGGUGCUGACAUUGUCAAAAAUGAUGGUAUUUACACAAAGUAUUUCCACAAGUAUUCUGGAUAUGGAGGAUACAGCUUUAAAGUACGUGUGCAGGGAAAGGAAGGGAAGGCAAAGGCAGCGAUCCGAACAGGAGGACAUUCCUUUUACAUACCGGGAUACACAGAAAAUGGUAAACAAUAUUUGGCAACAGCACAUCCCCGCUAUGAGAUGAGAAUGAGUGACCACCUCCUCCAGCUACGGGACAACUUCACAGCAGCUGCCCUGGUUAACCUCACCAACUUGAAUCCACGUCCAUUUGGCUCAAGGGAAACAUUCACAUUUGUUCCCAAAAACACGGAACUGCAAAACGGGACAACGCUCUACUUCGCACUCUGCGCCUACGAUAAACAGGAACAGUCAUCUGAAAUGUCUAAUGUGGCCAAGGUUUAUGUCUUUGUACCUGCACCUCUGGUUGAGCACCCAAAAGGCAGUAGUGUAUGGAAGGUGAUUUGGAUUGCGAUUGUUGUUGCAAUUCUGGUGUGUUUGAUCAUUGGGAUUGUCAAUUACCUGGUUCAGAAAAAAUGCAUAAGUAGAACUUUUGCACUAGUUUAACAUCCUUGCUGGAGGAAUGAGUAGGUAGCAUGCAAUUAAUUGGUCUAAUUAUUCAAACACUCAAUCAGAUUACA